AUGUUCGAAGGAUUCUACACGACUAGUCUUGUCGCCCCGUUUGUUUGUGCUAUCCUUGUUUCGUGCGCCUAUAAAAGGUAUACUAGCCUUAUGGCGAGAGCUCGAUACCCGCCUGGUCCACCUCGCCUGCCCAUCAUAGGCAGUCUCCUUCACGUGCCUAACAGACAUACGUGGUUGGCUUAUGAGCGUAUGGGAAAAGACUUGGGUGACGACCUUGUGCAUCUGGAUGUGUUAGGCAGUCAUAUUAUCGUGGUCAAUUCUGCGAAAGCAGCGACUGAGCUGUUUGAGAAACGGGGCGCAAUUUAUUCGGAUCGCCCUUCUUAUACGAUGCUGAUAGAUUUGCUCGGGUUUGACUGGGCACUGGUGUUUAGCCGGUAUGGAGACCGAUUUAGAGCGUUGAGGAAAGGUUUCCAUCCGUAUCUGUCUCCUGACGCCGUCAUCGAAUACCGGCCGCUGGAGAGCAAAUCUGUCCAUCGACUUUUGCGUAGCUUAAUGGAGAAACCGGAGAAUUUUGUUGCAUCUCUCAGACACAUGGCAGGUGCGAUCAUCCUCGCCAUCGCCUUUGGCAUCGAAGUCAAAUCUGAAGGUGACCCUCAUGUCGAGACGGCCGAGAAGGGGCUAGGGGCAGUUCUAUUAGGGACUAUGCCCCAAGCUGCGAUGUACGAUUUCUUUCCUAUACUGAAGAACAUGCCAUCAUGGUUUCCGGGAGCAGAGCUGAAUGCACGGACGAAGGAAGCGCGUCACGCUUCGACGGCAAUGCUUGAGGAUCCGAUGCAGGUGACAAAGAAGGCCAUGGCAGAGGGGAAGGUAUCACCUUCAGUAGCUUCUGCGCUGUUGACGCGACUUGAAGAUCAGUCGGCGACGGAGCAGGACAGGGCUCUCACUUACGUUUUCAUGGUGUUAGGGGGUGCCGACACGACUGUCUGUGCACUCGAAGACUUCUUUCUCGCUAUGACGCUUAAUCCUGAUGCUCAGAGAAAGGCACAAGCUGAGAUCGACCUAGUAGUUGGCCAUGAGCGCUUACCAGACUGGAAUGACCGACAAUCACUUCCAUACGUUGACGCGCUGGUGAACGAGGUGUUGAGGUGGCGGAACGUUACUCCCACUGCUGUGUACCAUCGACUCAUGGUCGACGAUGUCUACAAUGAUUAUUUUCUGCCCGCUGGAGCCACAGUUAUCCCUAACGUAUGGUACGGGGCAAUUCUUCACGAUGAAUCCGUAUACGCGGAUCCUCUGAGUUUCAAGCCCGAACGUUUCCUCGAUCCCCGAUUGGACAAGCCGGAAGCAGCUUUCGGGUUUGGGAGACGCAUCUGUCCCGGAAUGCACCUUGCGCUUGAAUCUGUGUGGAUAGCUGUGGUGUCCAUUCUUGCUUCCUUCGACAUCUCGAAAACUGUCAACGAGAAAGGAGACGAGAUCGAUCCCGUCGAUGACUAUGUUGAUGGGCUGGUCGCGUAUCCGUUUCCGUUCGAGUGCAACAUCAAGCCCCGGUCCGAAGCUACGGUGAAGCUGAUUCAGCUGACGGACCUUGAGGAUUAA